AUGACUCAUGAAAAUAAGCUCAAAAAAUAUUCUCGUAAACUUCGUUUAGGACAAUGUGAUAUCGCACAAUUUACAAUCCAAUAUCUAGAAGAAACUGUGAAACUUCUUAAUCGUAAACUUAAACAGAACGAUAUAACUAAACGCGAAUAUAAUUCUCGUAUUAUUGAAAUUGAAAAGCUUCAAACUGAAAUCAAUGAUUUAAGGUCUCUGGUUAAAGAAUUAAAAGACGAAGUUAAUACUUUAAAAGAAGAAAACAGAAAAUUGAGACAAGAAAAUAGUAAAUUGUAUGAUACAUUAAGUGUUUUUUGCAACAAUUUCGGUUUAAUCAAAAUUACUGAUAGAAAUGAAAAUGGUAAACAAAUUCAAGUAAAGAAUCAAGAAGUGAUAAAUUUAAACAGAAAGAUUAGAAAAAUACUUGAAGAAUAUAAACAAAAAUAUGA